AUGAGACAAUAUGCGCCGAACGAAGCAGAAACACAAGCAAAGCGCCAGAGGAGGCCAGCGCUGUCCCCGCGCCGCCGUCAGCCUCCGUCGCGAGCAGCAGAGGGAACGAAUAAUCCCUCUGACAUCCUCCUGCUGACGGGAUCCUCACGCCCCUCCGGCUGCCUCGCCUCCCCCGCCUCCCCCUGCGUCUCGCCCGCGGCCUUGGCUCCUGCCUCCGUGCCAGAGGGGAUUCUGUCCACAGUCUACUCUCGGGCCCCAAUAUUCGACAGGGACAACUGUGCAGAGCGGACCAGCCAUACAAACCCGGCGCAGGAGUUUCCGCGGCGCGUUUUUGAAAAGUUCGAGGCAGGCGGCGGGAGGAAACGGCAAAUAUACAGAAAGGCGCACCCUGCCCCCUCCCAGGCGGCCGAGCAGCUCCGGCCUCCCCGCGCGGGCGCUAGGACCACCUCCUCCCGCUCCAAAAGGGGCGAGGGCGGCGUGAGCGCCUUCGUCUGGCGUGGAAUAUCAGCCCCCAUCCGGCGGGGGCGUUAUCACUGCUGGCCGGGACUCCGCCGCGCCCGCACCUUUCCGUCCGAGUCCGCCAGUGUGUGCGUGAGUGCGUGCGAGAGCGGUCGUGUGUGGCUGGCUCCGCGUCCGUUCAUUCGUUCCCCUGGACAAGAUAAGAGCACGUGUGUCUCACUCCCUCCUCGGCAGGUGUCAGUCGAGCAGGCGGAAUCAGCCGAGCAGCCCACGCUCCUUCUGAACGGCGAGGUCCUCCAGAACCAUCAGGUGGAGCAGCUGACGGGGCAUUCCGGCGGAGGAACACCCGGCGGCGGCCAAGUUGAGCACCUGCGGGAGGAAGUGCAGGACCUGGUGGUAGGCGAGGAGGAGUACGACGAGGAGGACGAGUUUUGUGGAGAGGACGACGAGGACGACGACGAGGACGACGACGAGGAGGACGACGAAGACGACGAAGACGAGAAUUCCGCUGACGACCUCGAGGAAUUAGACGAGGAAGAAGAGGAUGAGGAGGAGGAGCUAGUCAAGAAAGCGCAGGAAGAGGAACGGAUAAAGAGAGAGCAAGAGGAAAAGGCGAAGAAAGCCAAGGAGGAGGAAGCGAUCCAGAAAGCGCCGAAGGAGGACCUCGUCAAGGAAAAGCGCGAGGCCGACCUCAUCGAAGACCGACCGCGGAGGAACCAGGACUCGCCCAAGAUCGGCGUGAAGCAGAGGAUCGAGGAGGCCACGCGGAGGGCAGAGAACGAAGAGAGGAAACACGAGAAGGAGCUCGAGAACCACAGACAAAAGGCCAACAACAAGAUGGCGGACGCGAAGAAGAGCAGAUUUGGUGGCAACAUCGAGAAAUGUUCCCAGUGUACCCGCACUGUGUACGCUAUGGAAAAGUUAGAAGUGGCUGGGCGGGUGAUGCAUAAGACGUGCUUCCGGUGCUGCAAAUGUAACUCGCAACUAAGUGUUGGCAGAUUUUCCAUCGGCGGCGACGAUCUGUAUUGCAUGACCCACUACAAGCAGGCCUUCAGGGAGAAGGGGACCUACGAUGUGUUCACUCCCAACAAUCCUUGUAAAGGCAAAUGGGAGGCAAAAGCCCAGCAAUGAUGUGGAAGUGUUAAUGUAUAGUUGGGGACCACAUUCACAGCAUCCAUAGGUUGAGCAAUGUAAUUCUUCAUACUCUCUAAGAGGGCUUAUAACGACUAAAAACAUCAAAUGGUGCAGGUUUUCCAGCAAGUCUGAAGGCAGUAUUUUAGAGAAAAUGAGAGCAGAAAUCGGAACUACUUUUAAUUUAUUUUUGUAACUGAUAAUGUAAUAUAGAAAUAUCUGCAUCUGUAAUUUCCUGAAACACAAUAAUCCUGUGAAAGCCUCCAUUUCUGUGCCUUAGCACUUCACAUGCUCCAUUUUUUGUAUAUUUUUCUGAGAGUAAUUUUUUUAAUGAUCUGGAAGAUAGAUGUUUACUGCUUUGCAUGACUGACAUGCAAAAGUUAGACCACUUCUGCUACAUGAUUAUGCCCUAAAUCUAAUGUAAUUAAUUUUAUGAUAUUAUAGUUUUUAAUUCUUGCCAUGACAUACAGGAAAUAUGAUUCUUGAAUUUGUACAAUAUAUUAUUUUUAUGUUGAACACUGCUUAAAACUAUACCAUUAGGACAAUGACAAUGAUGCUAAAAUUAUUGUCAGUUUUAUGUUAUGCUAUGGAUAUCCUUUAAACUAUACAAUUAGACAUAGUCAUAUUUAUUUGCUUCUAUUUUAAUUUUAACUGAUUUGUAAUAUUUUUUGUCUUGUCAAAAUACAAUUUCUCAUAAGAGGAAAGAUAAAUGAAGUGUCUUUUAUGUCACGAACACUUUCAUUUCAUUGUCGUGAAUAGAAAAAUUGUCUCUCUUUGCAAGGACUGAUUUUAAUUUUUACCUAUUGAUAAUAAUGUGGUCAGUUUGGUAUUCACAUUCAUUGAUUAACCUGGCUCUAAAAGUAACUUGGCCCAUCAGUGUACGUUUUGGACAUGAUCUCCAUUUUCAAGAUAUAUGUAUAAAAUAUGACAUGUACAUGUUACAAUAUUUUGUCCAAAGAUAGAUUAUGGAUCAUCUCAGACCUUUAAUAUGGCCUUGGAAUUUCUUUUGGUUCUCUGAGAAAAAGAGUGAGUUGUUUUCCGUGUGAUAAUAAGCUUUUUGUGAUAACCAAGAUUUAAUACCAAUUUUGAAUUCUUAACCCCCAUUUUGGUUUUCAAAAUAUUUAGUCUACUUCAAGGGAAUGAGUCAGCAAUAUAUGCCAUAUUGUUUUGUGAUCAGCUUUAAGAGUGUUCUUGUAAUUCUAACCUCCAACUUACCUAUUAGUAAAACUUUUUGAUGUUUUUUGAAAGUAAGACUACUUGAUAUAUACACUGAAUGGCCUUUCUAGGUUUCAUGUAUUUAUAAAACUUGAAUUGUAAGUACAUAUGUAUAUAUUUUUUCAUCAAAAUUAAAUUUACUUGUUCCUGACACUUUCAUAUCAUAGUACUUAUUAUAGUACAUGUAUGUGCUUCUUACUGUAUAAAGAACAGGUAUAGACUUUCAGGAUCAAAGAAUAUCCAGUAAGUUGGAUAUCAAUUUUAUAAUUAUAGUUAAGAUACAAUUACAUUAAAGGUAUCCAAAUAUAUAUUCGUAAACCAAAGAGAGGAUAAUGAAAAUGUUGGUAUUACUGUAGAUCUUUUUACUUGUAGAUAAAGGUGAGCCACAACUACAUUUAGCCACAAUUAUUUAUGAUUAUAUGUAUGAAAGCUAUAAAAUAAAUACAAAAAAUUAU